UAGACAAGACAGUGAAUAAUAAAUAAAAUAAAAAUGUAGUGAAUAAGUUACCGAUUGUGGAAAAUUAAUUGGCUGCUAUGUUAUUUAAAUACAAACAUUAACUUUAUAUUUUGUUUCUUAUUAUUGUCUCAAUCAUUAUGAAUUUUAAUGCAAGUCGAAACUGAAUAUUUGCUCUAUGUGACCAUAUAUUUUUCAAAUAGUGGAAAAACUACAAAAUCAGGUUUAUAAUGACUUGAAGGAAAAGAAACCUUUUGUUAGUAAAACUGCAGCCUUGAAGAAUUAGAUCUGGCCAUCAUUAUGGGAGAAAUUCUGCAUUCAGAUUUGGAAUGCCCUCCUUCUCCUGCUCGUCUGGAAUACACUUCAGACAAACAUCCCCGUCAUACAUUGGAAGCAAUCAAUUUGCUUCGGAAACAUCGAGAACUGUGUGAUGUUGUCCUCAUUGUUGGUACACGGAGAAUAUUUGCUCAUAGGGUUAUCUUGUCUGCAUGUUCUCCUUAUUUUCAUGCAAUGUUUACUGGUGAGUUGGCUGAGAGCCGACAAACCGAAGUGACAAUCAGAGAUAUAGAUGAGCAUGCCAUGGAAUUACUUAUAGAUUUUGCUUAUACUUCUCAUAUAAUUGUGGAGGAAAACAAUGUACAGGUCCUACUACCAGCAGCUUGCCUCUUACAAAUGGCUGAAAUACAAGAAGUAUGUUGUGAAUUUUUGAAAAGACAACUAGAUCCUUCAAAUUGCCUUGGCAUUCGAGCCUUUGCUGAUACCCAUUCAUGUCGAGAACUUCUUCGAAUAGCUGACAAAUUUACGCAGCAUAAUUUUCAAGAAGUUAUGGAAAGUGAAGAAUUUUUGUUACUUCCAGUUAAUCAAUUGAUUGAUAUAAUAUCAAAUGAUGAACUGAAUGUACGAAGUGAAGAACAAGUGUUUAAUGCAGUUAUGUCAUGGGUAAAAUAUAAUAUUACUGAAAGAAGGCAACAUUUACCUCAGGUUCUGCAACAUGUGAGGCUUCCUCUUCUCAGUCCAAAGUUCCUUGUAGGAACUGUUGGUUCUGACCUACUAAUAAAAAGUGAUGAAGCAUGUAGAGACUUAGUAGACGAAGCUAAAAACUAUUUGCUUUUGCCCCAAGAAAGACCUUUAAUGCAGGGUCCUAGAACAAGACCACGAAAGCCUGUGAGGAGGGGAGAAGUUUUAUUUGCUGUUGGUGGCUGGUGCAGUGGUGAUGCCAUAGCUAGUGUAGAGAGAUAUGACCCUCAGACUAAUGAGUGGCGAAUGGCUGCACCGAUGAGUAAGAGAAGAUGUGGUGUGGGUGUUGCUGUUUUGAAUGACUUACUUUAUGCUGUUGGAGGUCAUGAUGGACAAUCAUAUUUAAAUAGUAUUGAAAGGUAUGAUCCACAAACUAACCAAUGGAGUUGUGAUGUAGCUCCGACUAGUUCGUGUCGUACAAGUGUAGGUGUCGCAGUUCUUGAUGGAUAUCUUUACGCAGUUGGAGGGCAAGAUGGAGUCUCAUGUUUAAAUUUUGUUGAAAGAUACGAUCCUCAAACAAAUCGAUGGUCUAAAGUGGCACCAAUGAGUACCAAAAGAUUAGGUGUUGCUGUUGCAGUUCUCGGUGGAUACUUGUAUGCGGUUGGUGGAUCAGAUGGUUCAUCGCCUCUGAAUUCUGUUGAGCGAUUUGACCCACGAACAAAUAGAUGGAGUUCAGUUGCGUCAAUGGGGACCAGGAGAAAACACCUAGGAUGUGCAAUAUACAACAACAUGAUCUAUGCAGUUGGUGGAAGAGAUGAUACAACUGAACUAAGUAGUGCAGAAAGGUACAAUCCACAAACAAAUCAGUGGCAACCUAUAGUGGCAAUGACUUCUCGUAGAUCAGGGGUUGGCCUAGCAGUUGUCAAUGGUUUGCUUUAUGCUGUGGGUGGCUUUGAUGGCACAUCGUACUUAAAAACCAUAGAAGUUUAUGAUCCUGAACAAAAUCAAUGGAGAUUAUGUGGUAGCAUGAACUAUAGGCGCUUAGGUGGCGGAGUAGGUGUUGUAAGAUUACCACAUCAUGAGGCACAUUACUGGUGACUAUAUGAAACCGAACGAAGUUUAUUACGCCGGACUUUGUACAGUUCAGAAUCAGACUUGAAAAUUAGUUGUUGUAAAUUUUGAUCUGGUUCAUUCACAUCAAACCCAUUUGUAUUUGUCAAGUUUAUCUGUAAAUUAUGCAAUAUCUAUAAAGGAGUAUUGAUUACAAUAUAAUUCAGUACCAACAACAAUAUAUGGUAGAAUACCAGAUUCGUGUAAAUACAGAUUGAGAGGAAAAAAUUACUCUCAUUAUAAAGAUAUAAAUGUAUAGUGCUUUAAAUUAUUGUAGUCUUAAUUUGAAAUGCCUAGGUUACAUCUAAAAGAUUUUUCCACAUAAAAUUUGCCAAAGUAGUUUAACUUGAUAUCUGUUUAACAUAUUGGUCUUUUACAUUGUUAACAGUUAUCAAGAAAUUUUGUAUUUGUGAAAAGAAUGUUUAACAUGCACAUAAAAGCAGAAUUUCUAAACCUAUUAACCUGUUGCUACAAACAUAAAACGUAAAAAAAGUAUUGAAAUUUUUUAAAAUCUGUUUCUAAUUGUGAAUAAUUCUCUAUGAAACAAAGUAAUGUCACCAUAAAUUUAUCAAGAAGAUUUAUCUUGUAUGAAAUUUAGUGUUAGCUUUUAUGUUUUGAAUUCAGUUGUACGUCAUUAUGAAAACUUAAAAUAUUGAGAAAAAUGUACAAAUAUUUUGAUCAAAAAAUUUUAUGGAUGUUUUCAAAUCAUUUCAGCCUUUAUCUCUUCAUAACUUAGUGUGUGUGUGUGUUUAUAAAUUACAUAUGGGUGUUUGUGCACUUAUUUAUUUUCUUUUAAUGUAUGAUAUGGGCGACAAAAUCAAUAAAAACAUUGUUUAUCUAUCUUC